AUGUAUAACCGAGCGGUUAGCCAAAGAAUUCCAGUUACUGAAGAUCUAAUUCGUAGAAUGGCAAUAGAGAGACUACAAUCAGCUGAAGAGAGGCUUUUGAGUGAAGGGACUCGGAAUGAGUUUCCCGAGAAAAGAAGCUUACAGCUGAAGUUCUUAGAUAAUAAAGUAGCCGAUACUAUGACAGGGAAGGAGCUUAAAGGGUUAAAAGGUGAGUGCCUGCAGUUGGCUCUGCUUGAUCCGUACGGGCAUACUGUGACCUGUGGCCCUGGAUCUUCUGCAAAGGUGGAGAUACUACUUCUUGAGGACAAUGGUGAUGGUGAUGAAAGAAAUAUGACUCCUGGAAAGUUUGAGAGAAGCAUCAUUCAAACAGCAGAUAAGAAGAGGCCACACUUUUCUCCAAAAAGUGUCGAUUAUAUAUUGCUCAAGUACGGUGUUGUGGAUUUAAAUGAUAUCAAGUUGGGACACGACAAAGACUGGAGAAGGUCGUGCAGCUGCAGGCUGGGGGCGAGGAGCGCGCAGAAUCUUGAAGGAACUACGGUGCAAGAAGCAUGGACUGCACCAUUUAAGGUCAAAGAUAAGCGCGCCAAACAGUAUGUCAAAUUUCUCUGUCCAUAUCUUACUUCUGAAGUUUGGAGAUUGAAGGGAAUUGACAGGAAUGGCAAGCGCCAUGAUAGGCUGAAAAAGAAAUACAUUGAAACUGUGCAAGAUUUUUUGUUUUGGCUCCAUGUCAAUCCUGAUGAGCUCCAAAAAACAAUACUACGUGUCAAUGGUCGUAUAUGGGAUACAAUAUUGAGUAAUGCUCAGAGCUGCAAAAUUGAUUGCACAAAGAUGUUCUGUCACAAAUCCUCAACCGAACCUCAAAGAUGUGUUAUUUACGAUUGUGUGGGAAAUCUCAAGGGAGAAAUGAUGGACUCCCAGUUUGUUGGAAUUGAUAAUCUGUCUGCUGCUAGAAAGGUUGAUGCACUCAAGUUGCUGAGAUCUGUAUUACAAAGAGCCUCUGCGUUAUAUGACGAUGAAAAUGAGUUUACAUACCCAAUCACAAGCACCAUCUGUGAUUAUGAGCCUCUUGGAUCAGGAGAAAGGGGAGUGGUAUCCAACCCUGAUCCUCAAUUCACCCCUCUUCAUAUCUCAGAACUAGGUUCCGAGAGUGCAUCAGGUGGUGAGAUGGUUGUAGGUUCAAAGGAAAUCGCAACAUUUUUACGAUCUGUAUCAUAUGAUGAUGAAAAUGAGUUUCCACACACAAACACAAGCACCGUCUGCGAGUAUGUGCCUUCGGACCCACUUGGAUCAAGAGAAACGGGAGAGGUAUCUAACCCAGUUCACCCUUCUUACUGA